AAUUUUGUGUACGGGAGAGAGUUGUACAUAGACGAGGACACCAGCAUGGAAGAGGCGAUGGACUGCAUCCGCGCCAACAAAUCACCGUCGCCUUCGUGCGCAUGCACGACUAGCAGGGUACCUGUUGAGAAAGAUGGCGACGAUUGUAACAGUCACAAGCCUGUGUCCAGCUUAUGUAGCGACUUGGACCACACAAUGCACCUGUGGCGGGUAGCCAACUGCCAGGAACAACUCGCAGAAUGCAACAGAAAUAUCCGAGAAUUGGAAGAAGCAACAAACAACAAUUCGAGAUUGAUACGGUAUUGGACUGAAAAGCAGCAAAAAGACUGGGAAGCUUACCUGCAAUCCCGUAUUGCUGAAAUAAACCAAGAAUGGCAUCAGAAGACCCAAAACUUUCAAGCUUGUCACCAAGCCGAACUGGCAAGCUUACAGAAGCAGUUUUCUGAAGCCCAAGCCCUCGUGCAGCAGCUGGAGUCUAGCCUUACCACAGAGCAGACGAAUCGUGUAUCCGCGGACGCCGAAGCCCUCGAGAAUCACAAGCGCUGGCGCAAAACGGCCGCUGAGCUUCGCAAACUUUACACCACCACGUGCCAGUCAAACAAGAUCUCUGAUCAGGAUCUCAUCGAUGCUGCUAAAAGAAUGAGGUGGAUGGUGCGUAACUUGGCCGCAACCGGAUUUUCUGAGAUACUUGGCGAGCCUUCGAGCGAUAAGACACGACUCUCGACCUAUCCAAGGCCUAUGACGGAGGACUUGAGGCAGAUGCAGUUUUUUUUGCACACGAACCAAUUCCCCAUCUACUUUGAGGCGUCUUUGUGGCACUAUUUGACCAAAUACGUGUUUGGUCGUUAUAUGUGGGCAGGCGAAGCUGCAGAGUCGAUGCAGAAGCUGUAUUCCGCCGUUUAUGAUACAGGCCCAACUGAGAAGAUCGCCAUCUCAUUACAAGAGUGGCGCACAAAUACUAAUGCUCUAGUUGCAACGACCGCUGCAACGACCCCUCCUGCCCGAAAGGCCCUACUGGCCUACCGAGCCGAUUUUGCCUAUUCCAUGCUGCGGUUAGGUAAUUAUCGACGCGGCAAUCCAGGUCUAGCGGAUGAGUUGGCCACCAUUUUUGACGCGGCAAUCUCCCUUGACCGAGACAUACACCUGCGCAACAGCGCCGUGGAGUGGCAGGUUCUGCCGCCUGGACAGAACAAGUUUGAUCCCGACACUAUGGUAGUCGAGAACGACGGAGUAAUCAGUUCGAGAGUGUUAGUCGUGCUGGCUCCUGGACUGAUUAAGAAGGGUCAUGAUGCGGUCGGGGACGACGUAUUGUGUAAAAUGGAGGUGGUGUGUGAAGUGGACAGGGUGGCCAACGAGAGCCAGGCGAAUGCGCCUACUGUCACGAUCAGGGACAAUGGGAGGCUAAACUGGAUUCAUAGAUUAAAAAAAAUAGAGAGGCAUUUCACUCGGAAAGUGGUGAGGCGACUGGCGGGCCUUCUGCACCUACUUCACUUUGUAUAUUAUACGCUACAUGGCUGGGACGCUAUUCCUCUCCGCAAAGGGCAUGCUUUGUUUGUGGCAGUUCCUAGCGAUCCAGGAGGCAGGUCACCUUACUAGGAUGAGCAACUACUGAGUUCAUUUUCGAUUUGAUAUCUGUUCAUAACAAGGCACGAACAGAGAGGAAAUUUCUGGCAAGUUCCAAGAUCUGGACCUAAGGUACAUUAUGCAACCCCGGUUUUGUUUACGUGGGUACAUUGAUACGCCAAAAAUACUGGAUUGAUGAAUAUUCCAUACACUGGGCUAUAAAAUUGCUGUCUGCCGCGUGGAUGGUGGUUUGAAGAGGGGUGCAAGGCGUCAUCGCGGCUCGCCAAUCGGCCACAUAAGAUGGAUUAAAGCUCCCACCAUCCCAUUGACUGA